AUGACACUGAGGGAGGCGAAAAUGGGGGAGGAAGUGAACGACGAGGAGAUGGUGAAGCAGGAGCUUGAAUUGAGCGAAGAACUUCCGGAACGUGGCUCCUGGACGAACAAAUUGGACUUCAUCCUUUCGGUAGUCGGUUUGGCGAUUGGACUUGGCAACGUAUGGAGGUUUCCCUACCUUUGUUACAAAAAUGGUGGCGGUGCUUUUCUAAUACCAUACUUUCUAACAUUACUUAUGGCUGGAAUUCCCAUGUUUUUUCUUGAACUAGCAUUAGGGCAGAUGCUUACAAUAGGUGGAUUAGGUGUCUUCAAAAUUGCUCCCAUUUUUAAAGGCAUUGGAUACGCUGCAGCAGUGAUGUCGUGUUGGAUGAAUAUAUAUUACAUUGUCAUCUUGGCGUGGGCAAUAUUUUACUUCUUUAUGUCAAUGAGGACUGAUGUACCUUGGAGGACUUGCAAUAAUUAUUGGAAUACACCUUACUGCGUUAAUACUUACGAAAGAAAUUCACUGAACUGUUGGAAAAAGCAGAUAAACGCCACAGCAUACACAACAUUUUGUAGCAUAAACAACCAGAAUGUAUCAGUGAAAGAUUUGACCGAUCCUGUGAAAGAAUUCUGGGAGCGAAGGGUUCUACAAAUUUCCUCAGGCGUGCAGCAUAUGGGAGCUAUACGGUGGGAACUGGCCGGUACACUGCUAUUAGUCUGGGUAAUGUGCUACUUUUGCAUCUGGAAAGGUGUAAAAUGGACUGGAAAGGUCGUAUAUUUCACUGCACUGUUUCCGUACUUCCUGUUGACAGUCCUACUAAUUCGUGGCAUUACUCUUCCUGGAGCAGCAGAAGGAAUAUAUUUUUAUAUUAGUCCCAAUCUUUCGAAGCUUGGGGAUUCCCAGGUAUGGAUAGACGCAGUUACGCAAAUAUUUUUCUCUUAUGGUCUUGGACUGGGUACAUUGGUAGCUCUAGGAAGUUACAACAAAUUCACCAAUAAUGUUUACAAAGACGCCCUAAUUGUAUGCUGCGUCAAUUCAGGAACUAGCAUGUUUGCGGGAUUCGUAAUAUUUUCAGUCGUCGGUUUCAUGGCUCAUGAACAACAGAAGCCUGUUGGUGAAGUAGCGGCUUCAGGGCCAGGAUUGGCAUUUUUGGCAUAUCCGUCUGCUGUACUACAGUUACCCGGUGCUCCUUUGUGGUCUUGCCUAUUUUUCAUCAUGCUCCUCUUCAUCGGUUUGGACAGCCAGUUUUGUACAAUGGAAGGGUUUAUAACAGCAAUGGUUGAUGAGUGGCCGCAACUGUUGCGGAAAAGGAAAGAAAUCUUCAUCGGAAUUGUUUGCAUUUUAUCCUACCUUGUGGGCUUUUCGUGUAUAUCUCAGGGAGGAAUGUACGUAUUCCAAAUUUUAGAUUCAUAUGCAGUCAGCGGUUUUUGUUUGUUAUUUUUAAUCUUCUUUGAAUGUAUCGCUAUAUCUUGGGCGUUUGGAGUGAAUCGCUUUUAUGAUGGAAUAAAAGAGAUGAUCGGCUACUAUCCAUGGUCGGGUUGGAAAUUUUGCUGGGUAUUUGCCACUCCUCUAAUAUGCGUGGGAACAUUCGUUUUUAAUUUGGUUCAAUGGACACCUAUCAAAUACUUGGAUUAUGAAUACCCAUGGUGGAGUCACGCACUCGGAUGGUUGACUGCUUUGUCAUCGAUGUUAUGCAUACCUGGAUAUAUGAUAUAUUCUUGGAUGAACACUCCUGGAGAUUUUAACACGAGGAUGCGGAUGUUAGUUCGAAUUGAAGAUGAUAUACCAGCUUUGAGAAGAAAAAUGAAACAAGUGACGAAAGAUGUGAGCUCAUUAUGA